GGACAGUGAGGGUGAGAGAGAGAGACGGAGGAGCGGCUCACUUCCAGCUGUGAGGCUGUGGGUUAGCCAGGAAUGAGCUGGAUAUUCCCGGGGGACAGAGAGUAGGGAGAGGGGGAAAGGAGGCAGCGCUGGGGUGGGUGGGGGGAAAGGGACUUGCCUCCGGUAUGAAGCCGUUUCUGUUGGGUGACUCUGUCCUGCUGCUCCUGCUGUGCCCAGUUUGUUGUAAGCUGGAAUCUCAGGCUCAGGCUGAGGAACGGCUGCUGAAAACUCUCUUCACUGGCUACAACAAACUGUCCCGACCCGUGAUCAACUCCUCUGACACUGUGCUCGUGUAUUUUGGCUUGUCGAUUGCACAACUUGUGGAUGUGGAUGAAAAGAAUCAAAUGAUGACCACUAAUGUCUGGAUCAAACAGGAAUGGCAUGAUUUUAAACUCCGUUGGAAUCCGUUGGAAUAUGGGAAUGUCACCUCAAUUAGAGUCCCCUCGGAGUUUCUCUGGAGACCUGAUAUUGUCCUCUACAACAAUGCUGACGGAGACUUUGCCAUCACCCACUUGACCAAGGCCCACCUGUUCCACAGCGGCAGGAUCAAGUGGACUCCUCCUGCCAUCUACAAGAGCUCCUGCAGUAUUGAUGUGACCUUCUUCCCGUUUGACCAGCAGAACUGUACCAUGAAAUUUGGAUCAUGGACAUUUGACAAAGCCAAGAUAGACCUGGUCAGCAUGGCCAGGCAUGUAGACCAGCAGGACUACUGGGAAAGUGGGGAAUGGGUCAUUAUCAGUGCAGUUGGGAAUUACAACAUCAAAAAGUACGAAUGUUGUCGCGAAGUCUACUCAGAUAUUACCUACUCCUUCCUGAUAAGGCGCCUCCCUCUGUUCUACACCAUCAACCUCAUCAUUCCCUGUUUGCUUAUAUCAUGUUUAACAGUGUUGGUCUUUUACCUCCCCUCAGAUUGUGGGGAAAAGAUCACACUUUGUAUCUCUGUGUUACUUUCUCUGACUGUCUUCCUACUCCUUAUAACGGAGAUUAUUCCGUCCACAUCCCUCGUCAUCCCUCUGAUUGGGGAAUACCUUCUCUUCACAAUGAUAUUUGUCACACUAUCCAUUGUUAUCACGGUGUUUGUGUUGAAUGUUCACCAUCGCUCCCCCCACACACACACCAUGCCAGGUUGGGUCCGAAGGUUCUUUCUGGAUUUUCUUCCUCGCAUUCUCUUCAUGCAACGGCCAAUGGCUGUGAUCACAAACUGUAAUGAACUGAUCAUGCCGAUACAUGAAGCCUCGAGCUCUCCAAUGUACCCUCCCAAAGGUAAGGAAGAGCAAAACCAAAUCUUGGUCCAAGGAUCAGACCAACAAUCAGGUACUAACCCAUCAUUGACGACUUCGUGUUAUCUUCAGGAAGACCAGGGCAAGCCCAAAGCACAGUGCCCAUCACAAUCCUGCCAGGAAGACCAGUCCCAACCUCACUAUCCAUGUUCUUCACCCACAAAUCUCCCUCAUCACCGUAUCAAGGAACAGCCCAAGGGGAGGUCAUUGAGUCCUCAAUACAUUUGCAGGCAGGAUGACUCGCCAGAGGCCAAUAUCCACUGUAGGUCCCGCAGGAUCCAGUACAGCCAUCUACAUGAGGAUCUACCCUGCUCGAAUGGGCAACCCAGAGAGACUCCGCAAUGCCAUGAGAAUGGAAAUACACCCCAGUCAGCUCCAUCUUUGUGUAAAGGCAAACAUGGGAACAAGGUCAAGAGAACAGCCUCAGGCACAAAGCGAGAGUCAAAAGUAGCCAAGCGCAGAGAGCAGAAGAAAGCGACAUUAACCCCAGCUCUGAAAUUGGCAGUGGAAAGUAUUCAUUACAUUGCAAACCACUUACGAGCAGAGAAUGCUGAUUUUCUUGUGAAGGAAGACUGGAAGUACGUUGGCAUGGUGAUUGACCGUAUCUUCCUGUGGAUUUUUAUUUUAAUUUGCGUACUGGGAACGCUGGGCCUCUUCCUGCCUCCUUGGAUGGCAGGAAUGCUGUGAGAAUGAAAGACAUCAACAAACCCAUGGCAAGAUAGACCACUUCGAUGGGAGUGAUGGGACUGUUACUUUGACCUCCGUCUCCACCUGUCCAUCACUUCCCAGUUGUUGGAAACUAUAUUAAGGAAGAUAAGAAUUGUCUGGGCAAGAGAAAUAUCAUUUUACUCUUCUAUAAAUAUUAGGUGACAUUACUGUUAUAUCACAACUGUUAAAACAUGCACAAGUUGAACUGAAAGUUAAAACCAUCAGGACUUUUUUACAAAAUCAGAAGUCACAUGACACUAGGUUAUAGUCCAACAGGUUUGUUUGAAAUCACAGGCUUUCAAAGCGCUGCUUCACUUGACAAAGGCUCACUGGACUUUACAUCAGGCACUUGUAAUUUCAAACAAACCUGUUGGACUAUAACCCGGUGUCGUGUAACUUCUGACUUUGUCCACCCCAGGCCAACACCCCCACUUCCACAUCUUUAGAAAGGUAAAGGCCAAAAGAAACAAUCUUUAAGAUUACAAAAGGACUCAAUGGGUUAGACACGGAAAAGGUGUUGCCCCUCGUGGGCAGGAGCAGAAAGAAGGCCACAAUAAAACAUAAUCACCAAAAAAUCUAUUCAGGAGAAACUUCCUUACUCAGAGAGUGGUGAGAAUGUGGAACUGAAUAUCACAGUAAGUAGUUGAGGUGAAUAAAAUAGAUAUAUUGAAUAAACACACAAUGGAAAAAGGGAUUGGAGUACAUAUUGAUAGGGUGAGAAACCAAGUGGUGGGAGGGGACUUAUCCAGUGUGAAUCAGUUGGCUAAAUGGCCUUAUACUUCUAUGAAAACCCUGACAACAAAGAACAAAUAAUCCAUUGUUAACUAAAUAUAUAGAAAUGUAGAAACCAGGAGCAGGAGUAGGCCAUUCGGCCCUUUGAACCUGCUCCCCCAGUCAAUACAAUCAUGGCUGAUCGUCCAACUCAGUCCCCUGUUCCUGUUUUCUCCCCCAUAACCUUUGAUCCCUUUAACCGGAAGAAUGAUAACUAACUCCUGGAUAAAAGCAAAUUACUGCAGAUGCUGGAAUCUGAAACCAAAAGAGAAAAUGCUGGAAAAUCUCAGCAGGU